AUGCUCAUCGUAACCUCGCCUGACAAAGAGAUCAAGACCCACCUGGAAGCUCUGGAAAUGCAACUACGAAUGUUGGAACAACGAUUGCGGUCGCGAGGAGACUGGCGUCCAUCAGAUCAAGUGUUCAACGUAUCACCACCAACUAUUCUCGAUAUCAUUGACCUCUCAAACGCAAUCACGCUGCUCGACCAAUUGAUCACCUCUACAAGCCCCGGUGAACAGACUACCCCACGGCAGACUUUUUCGGCGUAUUCUUGGACUUGGGAUCCUGCCUGGCAUGAGUUCUACACCUACAUACCCUCUCAGCAAACAUACCUCUAUCUUUCGCGCUGGAAGUUGAAUGAGACCAGGAACGUUUGGGAGCACGUGAGCAUGGCUGGUGUAGAUUUGAUGCCGGAUGUCGCGGUAGAAAUGCUGGGUGCGUGGGAAGAUUGGACGUGGGACUCAACAUGGAAACAGUGGUAUCUGGAUGUCGCCGAUAACGACACUGAGGAGAAGAGUCAGAUUUUCGCAAGCCCAUGGCGUGUACAAGGGGACGGUGAAUGGGUCUAUGUUGGCAGAAUAGACGGCGUACACUAA